AUGCUGCUCCUCCCGCCCCCGCCCUUAUCCCCUUCCGCCAAUUUCACCCGCCAUCCCCAGCGCCACCUGCGGCGGAGUAUUUUCCCCUGCCGACUUCUUACCACGCCGUCAGCGUCCUCCCGUGAGGUGGACUACUUCACUCAGUCCUCCGGUUAUCUCUUUGAGCUGAGCUCUUCCGAAGCCGAAUCACUGACCGAGUACAACGUACCAAAAAUCGAGGCAAUAUAUCAGAAGAGGCCUUUGAUUCUCGUCCGCCGACUGUUUCAAACCGCCGCCACUCUGGGCAAGUGGUUCGCCCUGCGGUACUUCGACGGCCUCGCCGAGCUCGGUGAUACCAUGUUUGAGGUUAGAGCUGCUCAAUUGAGAAAGAUACUAGUGCAACUUGGUCCGGCCUACAUUAAGAUAGCUCAGGCUAUUUCAUCUAGACCCGAUUUGAUACCACCGUCAUACUUGGGCGAGCUUUCUCUUUUGCAAGAUCGAAUUUCACCUUUCUCCACAGAGGUUGCCUUUGAUAUAAUAGAGCAAGAACUUGGAUUGCCAAUAGCUGCAUUGUUCUCGGAAAUCUCACCUGAGCCUGUGGCAGCUGCAUCACUUGGACAGGUUUAUCAAGGUAGGCUUCGCUCCAGUGGUAAGGUUGUUGCUAUUAAAGUUCAGAGGCCUGGUGUCAGAGCUGCAAUCUCGUUGGACAUACUAAUCUUGCGGUACCUGGCAGGGGUUAUAAGAAAUGCAGGAAAAUUUAAUACUGACCUUCAGUCCGUAGUUGAUGAAUGGGCAACAAGCCUUUUUCGGGAGAUGGAUUACAAGAGAGAAGCAGAAAAUGGAGUUAAGUUUAGACAGUUAUAUGGCAACAUACAAGAUGUUGUUGUUCCUGAAAUGUAUGUUGAGCAAACAACUCGGAAGGUCCUUAUGAUGCAGUGGGUUGAGGGUCAGAAGCUGGCUGAGGUUAAAGACUUGUACAUGAUUGAGGUGGGAGUUUAUUGUUCAUUCAAUCAACUUCUAGAGUUUGGGUUCUAUCAUGCUGAUCCCCAUCCUGGAAACCUUCUUCGCACAUAUGAUGGGAAACUAGCCUACUUAGACUUUGGCAUGAUGGGUGAAUUCAAACAAGAGCUUCGUGAUGGCUUCAUAGAGGCUUGUCUCCAUCUUGUAAAUCGUGAUUAUGAUUCACUGGCAAAAGACUUUGUAACUCUUGGGUUUCUUCCUCCGUCAGCUGAUAAGGAUGCAGUCACAGAGGCAUUGACAGGUGUCUUCCGCAAUGCCGUAUCCAAAGGGGUUCGCAAUAUAAGCUUUGAGGAUCUUCUUGGGAAUCUUGGAACGACCAUGUACAAAUUCAAAUUCAGAAUUCCUUCUUAUUUUUCUCUGGUCAUUAGAAGUCUUGCUGUUUUGGAAGGCAUUGCCAUCACCUUCAACCCGGAGUACAAGGUUUUGGGCAAUACAUACCCUUGGAUAGCCAGAAAAGUGCUGACUGGUGGCUCGCCGAAGCUAAAAUCAUCUUUGCAAGCUCUUCUGUACGAGGAUGGAGUAUUUCGGAUUGAUCGAUUAGAGUCGCUCCUAACAGAGUCACUACGUGCCAAGAUGGAGAGAGCAUCAGUUAAAGAGAAGGUAGAAGACGAGUCUAAGAUGGUUACCAAACAAAUACUAUCUUUCGCUUUGGAUGAGAAGGGUGCAUUUGUGAGAGAAAUACUUCUUGAGGAAUUUUCUAAGGGGUUGGAUGCACUUGGACUAGCGACCUUGGACUCUAUAACAUCUACCAUAACUGGAAACUUACCCUUCAGACCAUAUCCUGUUUCCUCUUUAACUAAUGAAGACAUUACCAAUCUGAGAACACUGCAAAGGCUCAUGCAAUUACUCUCAGGUCUUCAACCGACUGAAACUCCUGCGGAAGUCAAAGGAGUCAAUCUGUAUGACAGUCAAAAUCCAUCUUCAAGUGAAGCUGGACUGCUCCCUUAUGGAAUAGUAUGGGGACAAGAAAUGUUACCACUUCUAUCUGUGAUUGCUGAGCUUCCACAAGAUUCGAAACAGCAAUUGUUGAGAUUGCCAGCUGAUCUAGCAGGAAAAUUAGUUUCUCGUGCAGCUGCCAGGACAAUCAGACGGGCUUUCAUGUUAAAACACCCAAAACUCCUAUGA